AUGACCGAUCUCAUCAAGACCGCCAGAGGUCUUGACCAGACUGGCCCGGGGGACAAUGGACAGAACCUGCAGCUUUUGUGGAAUUGCUUGGCUGCAGCUUCGGAGGGCCAGUUUCACGCCGCCGAGGAGAGCAGCCUGCGAUGGCUGCUCAAAUCCAUGAACGGCUCUUCUCCGAGCGCAGAGCUGCUGCGUCGCUACCCGCUGACAUGGACCAUCCUCGACUGCGUCUUCCAGCGAAUCCCUCUCUAUUCUCUUGCCAAGUCGCUGGCCGACAGAAAGUUCAUCGCCGUUCUGCAGCAGACGUUGAAGGACAUUUCAAAACCCGUCGCCACAGCCGCCUCCGCAACGCCGCCGAAACGGAAACGAAGCCCCAGCAUCCGGUUUGACUUGGCCGAUUUGCGAUCUCACCACGGCUGUCUGGAGACGUCGCAAGAGCUAUUCAAGACGCUCAGAGCGCUGUUGCAGCGGCUCGAGACCACGACUGAGAGCUUCUCCCGUGACAAGAUUGGAGCGGAACACAUCAAGUCCCUAUUCGGCACCUCGGCCGCCGAUGCCACCACGAUAGCUGCCCCGGCUCUGGCGAUAUGCGGCCAUCUGUUAAGCUCCGACGUCAACCGUGACAUUGAAGACGCCGAGAACUGGGUACAAACAAUUUCGUGGAUGUGGGACCUCCAUCUCCAGGGACGGGAUGAUGUGCUCGAGGUUGCGAACCGGCUAUUCAGGCCGUCCGCGAUAGUACUUGCCAAGCUCGGUGGAUUCUCGUCAACCGAGUCUGCAGACGUGUCCGACACUCUACGAAACCGGUGGACCAGCGACCUCAUGUCCCUCAUGCACCGCAACCUCAUUCUCCCUGGCAGGGCUACCUUUGUCAACUUGAAAUCAUUCGAGGCAUUCGCCAAUGCUCUGGAAGUGUCCAAGGACAUCAUCAAUCUGUCAGGGCCUGCUUUGUAUCUCCUGUCGUCUAGCGUCUCUAGCCAUGUGGCCGAAGGCGAGCAGCGCAAGGGCAACGUCGAGUGGAUUCAACACGUUUUCCAGGCCAUCGAGCACAUGAUCAAAGGCCGGCCCGAUCGAAGUGUGCUGAUGCAAGCAAUUCUGAGCCAGGCCAUACAACGGUCUACGUCCGUCAAUGUCCGCGACCUACGACGUGUGUGUCGCGAGUAUGGCUUGCAAGGGGCCGAAACCGACUGGCCGCUGGUAUCCAAGGCGGCAACAUGUGACCCGGACAUCUUCCAGCUCUCCGACGAGGGUGCGGAGCUGCGGAGAGAAGUGUGCAACCGGACCAUGACUGCGACUGGCGACGAGACGGAACGCGACGCUGUUUUGAACGUCGUCAAGGCGAUCCGGGAUGGGUUCCAAACUCGGCGCGACUUUCCAAGCUUCUUGCAAUUAUGUUUUGAGCAGCUAUGCGAAGCCGAACGACAAAACCUCGACGGCAAUUCGCCGUGGUUCGGACUGGCACAGCAGAUGAUGCGGGUUGACUCAAAAACGUCGUGGAUGGAGACUGAAAUGUCACCUUCACAACUUGUAGGUCUGCUUUCAUGGGUCGAGACGCAAGACGCAAAGCCUCAGCCACGAUCGACUUGCGUGUUCACAAGCAUGAUUGCGCAGGCCGUCAAGAGCGAAGGCUUUGUUGACGCGGUUGGGCGGAGGUUGUUCGACAUCGUCUCACCAAUCAAGAGCUCACCUGCCACGGCUCUCAGAUGGCGAGUCACGGCUUGUACGAUUUCGGUGGCGACGCCAGAUGAGAGGUCCACGAUCUGGGAAUCCGUCAAAGACCGUCUGUCUAAGAUUUUGAGAAAGUCACCCAUCGAGAGCCUUGAGACGUAUGAGGCCUUCAAGUGCUCCUACGCGGCGUGGGACUCUAUGAGUUCUGAUGGCGAGCAUGUCGCCGGGCCUGCAUCUUUGGUGGAGCGAUUUACGCAACGCCUUGCCGACGAGAUGGCGUCAGGCACUGAGAACAAGGAUGACAACCCGCUGAAGGUGGACGACGCGACGGCCUCAAGGCUGCAGUUCAGCGCAGCGUACCAGCCAUACCUAGCUUGGUACCUGUACGGGUCAAGCAGAUACAUCAAAAUGUACUCGACGAAGAAGGGAGAACUCCCUCAACCCUUAGCCAAUGCGCUGUCGACACGAACGGCCAGCGUUGAUGAGCUACGAUCGCUAUGGAACGGACUGAUUAGCAACGACGACAACCUCAACGACACCAAACUUGGGAGAGAUCUCGUUGAUCGGCUGAUAACGGGACUAGACAGUCCGGAAAAGGAGAAGAGCUGGCCGGGAGCGGAGGCACAGCUAUGGAUUGCCACUCUAACAGCCAUUCCGGUCGAUGUCUACAGCCGAACGCAGCGUGAGCGGCUCAUGGCUGUGCUCGGAAAACGACGAACAAAGAUGGCCAAGUCUCCGAAGAGAACAUCUUUAAACGCUUGGAGGCUUGUAUUGGACCUGGCGACGAAGAUGGCAGGGCGCCCGACUUUCUACGAGGACAUGAGCUUCAGAGACUUGGUGGAACUCGCAGGCGCCAUGUCCGGGUUGUCUCUUGAGGAUUCAGUUGACAGCGGGGCCGCUCUCGAGACCGUGAAACGAUUUGCCGGUAUGGCUUCUGCAACAAUACGACAAAUGGCCGAGAAUAUCGACGCACGAAGCUUGGCCUACUUCAAGGAUGCGGGCGCCUUUGUUUCAGACUGCGAAAAGUCGGCACCAAAAGCAGGUGGCAAGGGCGCGGAACCUCUGUUUACCACGUUGCUCAAGGCGCUGGUGACAGAGCUCAUGCGGUCGCCCAACUGCCAGAAUCAUGAACAGCUAGGCCCCCUGGCGGGCCAGGCAAAGAAUGUCCUGGCGAGAUAUAUUAUGGCCAUCGUCAACAACAUUGCCUCCGAGAAGACCCCCUUGGCAACUCACGACGCGAUUGGUGAUUUGGGCCUCUACGCCGCCGUCGAUGCGGCGGACGCCGUUGGAGACUUUGCGAGCUUGGCCGGUGGUGUCAAAGCCUCUCACUUACGCAAGCUUGAGAAGCAGUGCAAGGACGCCAUGAAACAGGGAGACUUGCGAGGGUGGAAGCUGCAGAUCUUCAUCCAGACGUAUCUGUCGGCGCAAGUGGAGGGAGCCCUUCCAACCACUUACGAUGGCCUUGACAAGCUACCGUCUCAACUUCGGGUUCCCCUUUUGAAGGAACUUGUCAUCGGCGUGACGAAGCACAUGAGCACCUCUGCUCGUUUCGACUAUCUAAGUGUGCUGCUCGAUGAGUUUGAAAGGGGCUGCGACACCGACGGCCAAGUCAUUGCCAUCGAGACCGUCGUCGACCAGCUUCUUGACCUCACCAACGUGCAAACCAAUGGCGAAUUUAGUCUGGCGGCGGCACAUACUCAGUUGGCUGCCUGUCUCGCUAAGCCAGUUGCCAACGCCUCCUCCAUCUGUGGCAUCCUCCGCGCCUUGCUGGAGAAGAGGCCACAGGCCAUGACGCAGUGGAACAUCGAGCUCACCUUGAGCAUUGCUUGCGACUUGACCUCCCCCACAUCCAACCAGUCGCACGUAUCGUUCCCCUGGCUAUGCAGGCUAGUUGAGGUGGUCAUCAAGAAGCACCGGCUCCGCCUCGAGGGCCACUACCACCUCCUACUCAGCACACUGCAGGCCCUCAUGCAAGCCCUAGUAAUCAAGACACCAUACAGUACCACCAGCAGCGAAAACUCGCAGGAAACAAACGCCCACCGCUACGCCCGACUCAUCACCCUCAUCUGUGAGCCCACUGCGGGGGCCGUCUCCCGCUCACAGCUGCACAGCGCCCUCGAUUCUGCGACUGACGCGGCGAAGAGAUCCGCCGGCCGGCACAUGUACAUGGUGCUGAUGCAGUACGUCAAGCUGCAGCUUGAGGAGAAUGUGCCCGGAUCCGUCAGGGAGGCGUUGGAGCCCGCCAUGAACUCCAUCUUUGACAUUACGACGCCGGAGGGGAGGAAGAUUCUCAACGACGCCCUGGACGCCAGCGGGAGGACAAUCUUGCGAGAAAUGUACAAGCGAUAUGUCAAGUUUGGCAAAUGGAGCGGCGUCUAG